GAGACUGUUGUAGGCUGCUGGAGGCUGCGCUCGCUGGGAGUGCAGGGAGGCGGUGUUCACAGCUGGGCCGGGACUUCCUUCCUCCACCGCAGGACAACAAAACAACCCGGCAGCCGGCGCUGAGCUCUUGGCAGCUGUCUGGGCUUGAGGCGCAGCCAUGGGCUCCGUGCUGAGCAGCGACAGCGGCAAAUCCGCGCCCUCCUCUGUCACCCCACGGGCCUUGGAGCGCAGGGGAGACCCAGAGCUGCCCGUCACAUCCUUCGACUGCUCCGUGUGCCUUGAGGUUUUGCACCAGCCCGUUCGGACCCGCUGUGGCCACGUGUUCUGCCGUUCCUGCAUCGCUACUAGUCUAAAGAACAACAAGUGGACCUGUCCUUACUGUCGGGCAUCUCUUCCUUCAGAAGGAGUUCCAGCAACUGAUGUAGCCAAAAGAAUGAAAUCAGAGUACCAGAACUGCACCGAGUGCGACACUCCGGUCUGUCUCAGUGAAAUGAGGGCACAUAUAAGGACCUGUCAGAAGUACAUAGAUAAGUAUGGACCACUACAAGAACUUGGGGAGACAACUACAAGGUGUGUAUGCCCAUUUUGUCAGAGGGAACUGGACGAAGACAUGCUGCUUGAUCAUUGCAUUACUCAUCACAGAUCAGAAAGGAGACCUGUGUUCUGCCCACUUUGCCGUUUAAUACCCAAUGAGACUCCCAGCAACUUCAAUGGCAGUUUAAUAAGGCAUCUGCAAGUUAGUCACACUUUGUUUUAUGACGACUUCAUAGAUUUUAAUAUAAUUGAGGAAGCCCUUAUCCGAAGAGUCUUAGACCGGUCACUUCUUGAAUAUGUGAAUAACUCAAACACCACGUAAUUGUAUUAAAAAGAAGCUAAAGGGGGGACUACUUAAUCACACCGUUUAAAAUGCUGCUUGAAUAAUUGGAAAGAAAUUGUCAACAUUUGAUGGACACAAGUGUUCAACACAGUUAUAUCUUUGUCCAAAAUUAUUGUAAUACUGCAUUUAAAAACUGCUUUCUUUUUGAUGGUUUAAAUGUUUUACAUUUUUGAUUUUCUUAGACAUUUAACAACAUAAAGCAGUCGCCAUUGGUCAUUAAUAUUUGGAAUAGAGAUAGCCUGGGUAUGUGGAUUGGAGGAUCUCUAUUUACAAAUUGGAUGACAAUGUGUGUAGCUGUAUAUUAAUAAUUUUCAUCACGUUUUGGCAAGAUAACCAAUCUUCAUUCUAUGUAAAAAGAUGGAGUGUGAAACAAAGUGCAGACAUUCAAGGAAAUAUGAAAUCUGUUCCAAUACUUUGGUUCUAAACUCUAAGAGGAUAAUGUGAGUAAUCUUGUAUGGGAGGAAAAGAAGAUUUUGGAAGGCAACAAAAUCCAUAUAACCAAAUUGUAUUAUCUAAUACUGUAACAAAAUAAAUGUGCUAGAAAUGUAUAAUUAAGUUUUUGAUUUUUUUAUAACUAUGCACACGUGAGAAUUUACUGUUAUUUUAAAAAAUAUUUGUAGCUUAUUAUUUAGAUAAUCUUUCUAUAAUAUAGGCAAUUUCUUAAGAACCAUUCACUGAUAUUUACAAUAAAAGUUGUCACAUCCAUAA